CUUAACUGCUUUGAAGAAGGUCAUAGUGGGUCGUACAUCUCUAAAAAGUUCGGCGUAUCCCGAAAUUCUUUAAGAAGGUUGCUGCUGCAGAAUGGGAAAAAGUUAAGGGACCGCCCUAGAAAAACUUACCGACGGGCGCGAAAAAUUGCCCAUAAAAUGUCUGCAGAAGCACUGUCGGAAGAUACGAUAUCGGAACAGCAUAAGAUGGGCAAGACGCGCAUGCAAGCAGCGAUAAACGCCGGCGAAGGAGGAAACACACCGGAUGAGCGUCCGUUAAGUAGUGCAAGAGACGAUGAUGUAGAGCCCGCUUUUAGACUGGUCGAUCCGGAAGAAGAGCGGGUUCUUCAAACACCGCCACAUAAGGAGGAUGGCGGCAAUAACAGCGCAAGUGUGUGCCGUAGAUUGUCUCGUCGGAAGACAGGACAGUGUGACCAAUUAGGCAGUACAACUACACACCUUCUAGACUGUUGUUCUGAUUGUUAUUACACCCUUACGUGUGAUCGCGACGAAGCAUCCACAUCUAAUAUUCCUGUAUCUGCCGAUCAGAAUGAAAAAGCAGAAGUUGAAGGUGUUUCGGAACACGUCUCGCAAGAACUGGUGGACCGGGAUAUCGAGAGCAACCAGUCUGCUGUCGAAAAGGAGGAUGCGCUGCAACAGGGUGAAGCCGAGAGGCAGACAACCAGCCGCGAUAUUUCGAUGACCUUGGAAUAUUCGGCAUCCCGGCCGUGCUACCAGGGUGUAUCUGUUACCCCGGACUUAGUUACUCUUAGUUCCGGACUUCAGCGGCGCCUGACCCCCACAAAGAGCUGUUCAGUGGGUACUAUGAGCGGGCAGCACACCGCUGCUGCACAGUCUGCACUCGACCAAAACAUCACGGAUGUAAUGGAGAGCCAGCGGCCGUUGUCACCAGCUAACACUAACGCUGGGUGUAAUAUCAGUGCUGAACAUCAACAUAAUCAAAUUAACGGUGACCCGCCGAUCGUCCUAUUAGUAAUGGUUAAAGCGACUUCGACUUUGUCAAACCCUAAUACUGAAGCGCGAGAGAAGGGUGCAAACAGCCGAAACAGGGAAAGCAGUCCAGAACACGAACAUGACAAAAUGGACUGUGAGCCGCCCAUGACACUAACUGCUGAUACGCCCACGAUUUCGCCAGACCCGAUCAUUCAAGCACAGGAGAAGGUUACAAACAAGGAAUGCGGCCAGUAUCAGGAAAUGCAAUCCAUCGUCCUAAAACUACGUCAACAGGGAUGUUCGUAUGAUGCGGUGAAAAAGCAUCUCGAUGUUAUUUUCUUGACCGACGCCGCAUCCUUUCAAGAUGACAGUAGAGUUGACAAAGGGCUGGACAAGAACCACGACAAAACAAUGCCAACUGGCCAGCUCAGCAAUUUAAAUGAAAGUGAGGAUACUAGUUACAUCAACGCUCAAAAGCGAUGUAUUGCUUACCCAUUUUGACGGGAAAACGUUUCUUCAUUUUGCAAACUAUAGAUCUGCCAAGAAAAGCACCUGCUAUGGCGAAAUCAUGAGCUGCAC